AUGGAGGACAGUGAUUUCGACGAUGCUGAGCUGGAUGAGUUGUAUGAGAAGGCUAUCAAUAGGCGUGUGAAUGAGACAUUGAUUAGACGUUCGCUACCUGUGCAGCGCGACUUACAGAACGGUGUGGUGCCUGGACAGGACACGUAUUAUGAGGAGAUACGCACUGAGGUGACGUUUGGCCCCACGCACCACCAAUUGAAUGAGGAGCUAUUGCAUAGUUACAUCUACCCGACGAACUUUGAAGUACGGGACUAUCAGUUUGAUAUAGUGCGGAAGGGCUUGCUGCAAAAUAUCCUAUGUGCGAUACCGACAGGUAUGGGUAAGACAUUCAUAGCGAGCACGGUGAUGCUGAACUUCUUUCGGUGGACUAAAACCGCCAAGAUUAUAUUUACGGCACCUACUAGACCUCUUGUAGCGCAGCAGAUCAAAGCCUGCCUUGGUAUAACCGGUAUACCUCACGACCAGACUGCGAUUCUGCUGGACAAGACACGGAAGAACAGGGAAGAGAUAUGGGCAAACAAGCGUGUAUUCUUUACUACACCGCAGGUGGUGGAGAACGACCUGAAAAGAGGUGUCUUGAAUCCAAAGGAUAUUGUCUGCCUUGUUAUUGAUGAAGCUCAUAGAGCUACAGGCUCUUAUGCUUACGCAAACCUUGUGAAAUUCAUAAAUAGGUUUAACUCUUCCUAUAGGCUAUUAGCAUUAACAGCCACACCAGCUACAGACAUUGAGGGUGUCCAAGAAGUAGUUAAUAACUUGAACAUUUCCAAGAUUGAGAUUAGGACGGAGGAGAGUAUGGACAUUGUCAAAUACAUGAAGAAGAAGAUAAAGGAUAGGGUAAACAUACAAACAACAGUGGAGAUUGAGAACAUAGUAGAACAGUUGGGUAUAGCUAUUCUUCCAGUUCUGAAUCAAGCCGUGGAACUUGGAAUCUAUGAGUCUUGUCCACCGUCUGCGAUCAAUGCAUUUAAGGCUAUGCAAAAGAGCCAGGCUAUCAUCAUGAAUCCAUCAAUCCCGGAAGGAAUCAAAUGGAGGAACUAUUUUAUUUUACAGUUACUUAACCAUGUGGGACAAAUGUUAAAGCGUAUUAAGAUUUAUGGGAUACGGACAUUUUUCUCAUACUUUCAAAAUAAGGUUAAGGAAUUUACAACAAAAUACGAUCUGGGCAAGUCAACUAAUAAGAUAGCCGCUGGGUUUUACUAUCAUCCAAUGAUUCAAGCCAUCACAAAAGAGUGCGAAGAAAAAAUAAAAGAUCCAAACUUUUUGGGUCAUGGUAAACUAGAGCACUUGAGAGAUGAACUUACUCAGUUCUUCUACGAGAAUCCAUUUGAAUCUCGAGUUAUAAUAUUUACUGAGCUUCGAGAAAGUGCAUUAGAGAUAGUAAAAUGUAUUGAUUCCAUGGAGAACUCCGAAAUUCGUCCUCAUAUAUUUAUUGGUCAAGCUAAAGGUAAGGAAGGCUUUGAUGAGGUUAAAUUUGUAAGGAAGCAUGGGCCCAAAGGUAGAAAGAAAAGCGAUAGGGAAAAACGGCUUGAGGAAGAACGUCGUAUGGACGAGGAAAAGAAGCAAGCAGCGUUGCAAGAGAAGCUAGAAAGAACAUCAAGAAGAACAGGAAGUUCUGAGGAAGCUCAAUUGAGCGGCAUGAAUCAAAAACAACAAAAGGAGGUGAUUAAAAAAUUUAAGUCUGGACUUUAUAACGUUCUUGUUUGUACUUCUAUCGGGGAAGAAGGUCUUGACAUCGGUGAAGUUGAUUUAAUUAUCUGUUACGAUACAACUAGCAGUCCCAUCAAAAACAUUCAAAGAAUGGGCAGAACUGGGCGUAAAAGAGAUGGUAGAAUUGUGCUUAUGUUUAGUAGCAACGAAGCCUCAAAGUUUGAUCAAAGUAUGAAUGAUUAUUAUAAUCUGCAGAAACUAAUUUCUCAGCACCUGGUACAAUACAGGAAAUCAGACCGAAUUUUGCCGCCUGAAAACCAAGAGCCUGAAUGUGAAAAGAAAUUCAUAGAGGUUAGUGAGGAAGAUCAAGAGCUAAAUAAUAUGGAAGAUACAGAUGAUGUUAUUAGGUUUGCAACUCAGUGUAUGUUGGGCAAAAUACCUAAGACAAAAAAGGGGAGGGAUAAAGGAAAAGCCAAAAAAGGUAAGACAUUCUUCAUGCCUGACAAUGUCAUAACUGGGAUCAUUACCGCUAAUAAUCUGGUCCGUAAACGGAAAUCAGCUCAGAAUGGUAGCGGUGCAGCGCUACUGGACUCCAUAGUCAAUGAUGAUAUUGAUUUAGAGGAUGAGGACGGGCAAGUAGAAAUACUUGAUGUUGAUCAAGAGGUCAAUAGAAGGUUAGCAUCCAAUGCUGUUCAGAAGACGAAUGACAUGGCUCUUCAGAUUAGAAAUGAGGAGACGCCUGAGAUUGGAGAUACCAGGAAUAAGGCGAAAGCAAGCUCAAGCAUGAAAGUUAAAAAGGAACCUACAAUGGCCGUGGACCACAGUGACGAUGAAGAGGACUUACCAUUAUCCAGACAUGUUGAGCGAGCUAGUAGAGAGACCGCAAAGGAAGUACCUAAUGCCACCAAUGUAGCUGAGAAACCAUUUCCACCACUAGAAUUUGGAGUACAAAGACCUAGUAAAAGACAAAGAUUGCAACCAGAAGUGCAACCAGAAGUGCAACCAGAAGUGCAACCAGAAGUGCAACCAGAAGUGCAACCAGAAGUGCAACCAGAAGUAACAGUGAAGCCCGAAGUCAAGAUAAAGACUGAAGAGGGUUCCAAACUGUACAAGAACAUAUUUUUCAGCGACGAAGGGUUCUUACAACCACAUGAGAAGGAGCUGUUUCUGUCCAAGUACAACCCUGAAGACGCCACGGUCACGAUAGAGCCCGUACCGAGGUUUGUGCGAGCUCACGGGCGCGUGAAACACAGCAAGCGCACUGAGCAACUCAUCACAUUGUUCGAAGACAUGAACCACAACAGAGUGGCGCGCACCAUCGAAAUGAACAAGCUGAGAGGCAUCGCCCGGCGCUUGCACACCGUCAGCCAGUCGCAAGGCCAAUCCAACUCCCAGUCACAAGCCCAUUCCACCUCGCAAAAGUCCCAGCAAGCUUCACAGAAGGACAGAUCAAGCCAGGACAAAGACCUCACGAACUCAGAACUAGAAGACCUCCUAGACUCAGACUUCUAG